GAAAAUAGCAAUACCAUAAAAAUACCAGAAAAUUUUUCUCCAGAUGGUAUGCAUAUUUGAAAACCCAAGUCACGGUUACACUGGAAUUAUGCUUUUAGGAAAAUGGAGGAGGAGGAAGUAUGCCGGGUUUGCCUGCAACAGGAUGGCGAUAUGAUCAAUAUUUUUGACGGUGUGCAGGGCCCGGAAAUGUCCAUUCCGAAUAUGAUUGCCCAGUGGUCGGGUUACCAGGUUGAGAGAGGCGAUUCACUUCCGGAAACUAUAUGUCCAACCUGCUUGGAGGAUGCCCGAGCCACAUUUGGAAUUAUCCGAAAACUGCAGAAGGAGGAAGUCUGUCGGAUUUCAGACAGUGAGGAUUCCAUUUGCAGCAAGGCGACGGAAAAACCUUUCAAAAAUGUACAUAGUGCGGAAUCGAAUAACGCCCAGGAAUACAAGGUUAAAAACGAGCCUAUUGAUGAGGACAUAUUUCUGGAGGCGGCAUGUAAGGCAAUGGAAAGCGACCUAUUCGAGGAAGAUGUCUGCAAGAUUGAAGUCGUUGAAACGGAACAAUAUAAUGGUCACAAGUAUAUAUCAUCUGCUUUAGACCUGGAUCUGGGUAGUAUACCAAAAACAACGGACUUACCUUCUCGACGGAAACGGCUUUACAAGUGUUCCCUGUGUCCCAGGUCUUUUGCGGAUGCCUUGCAGUUUAGCCAACACAUUGUAACUCAUUCAGAAGAAGACGGCAAUGGUCAAAAUUCUGAUUUUUCUGAUUCAGAUUUUAGCACCACUGGGUUCGAAGAGGACGAUUAUAAUCCGGACUCUGAAACAGACGUACCAUCUGAUAAGCCUCAAAUAAAACGGCGCCGAAAGACUUCUGCAUCCACCACCCCAUUAAAGAAAAACAUCGUUACCCAUUUGCAUGAUAAGAAUGAUAAAACGAAAUCGGAUUUGCCUGCAUCGGAACGUAUACCCACACCUUACCUGCCCUACAAAUGUAAUUAUUGCCCGAGAUCGUUUCCGGACAAGGAUUCCUGUAUACUGCACGCACGAUCUCAUAGCAAGCAAUUCCGAUGUUCCGAUUGCCCAAAGACUUUUGCGGAGGAAAAGCAGUUGAAGCAACACAUUUUGAGCCAUUCAGAGGAUCAGGCCGAUAAACCGAAGCCUUCACCAUCAGGUCCUCCUCGAGUGUUCAAGUGCCCCAAGUGUCCCAAGUCGUUUCCGUAUGCCUCAAGUUGCAGUCGACAUCUGUUAAGUCACUCGGACAUACGACCGUUCAAAUGUCCCCAGUGUCCAAACUCCUAUGCACGUCCCUAUGCCCUCAGAGCCCACUUUACUAUGCACUCCGGGGAACGAUCGUUCAAGUGUGAUCAGUGUUCAAAGACCUAUAAAAAGGCCCACCAUCUCAAGCACCACCUGUUGACUCAUUCUUAUUCUCACUCUAAUUCUAAUGAAAGGCCGAACAAGUGUUCCCAAUGCAACAAGUCCUUCCUGUCCAAGUCGGAUCUAAAUCGACAUAUACGGGCGCACUCCGCAGAAAAACCCCACAAGUGUGAUGACUGCUCAAAGUCUUUUCAUCGAUCUAGCGAUCUGAAAGUUCAUAUGCGUACCCACACUGGCGAAAAACCCUUUAAGUGUGCCUGCUGUUCGAAGUCUUUUUCGGCUAGAACGAAUAUGCUGAAGCACCAAAGGCAAUGCAAACUUUAAAAGACAAUCUGUGACUAAGAUAUACCUUUAAAAUUUUUUGUAAUUAUAUAAAAGCCCAACUUGUUGGUUUUCGUUGCCUUGAAUUUAAAAAA